GCGGGUCCCCUCUCGCCACACAGGACCAGUUACGUGGCCAGCGAGGAGAGCCGGCUGCACAUCCUCCGCGAGCUGCUGGAGAAGAAGGCUCAGUCCCCGUUCUACCAGGAGGGCGUGAGCAACGCGCUGCUCAAGAUGGCCGAGCUGGGGCUCACGCGGGCGGCCGCCAUCCUCCUUUGCAGCGGGGCCAACCUCAACUUUGAAGACCCGGUCACCUACUACACGGCUCUGCACAUCGCCGUCCUGCGAAACCAGCCCGACAUGGUGGAGCUGCUGGUGCGCCACGGGGCUGAUAUCAACCGGCGGGACCGGAUCCACGAGAGCAGCCCCCUGGACCUGGCCAGUGAGGAGCCCGAGCGCCUGCCAUGUCUGCAGCGCCUGCUGGAGUUGGGCGCCGAUGUCAACGCGGCCGACAAGCAUGGGAAGACGGCCCUGCUGCACGCGCUGGCCAGCAGCGACGGGGUGCAGGUCCACAACACGGACAACAUCCGGCUCCUGCUGGAGGGAGGAGCAGACGUCAAGGCCACCACCAAAGACGGGGACACGGUGUUUACCUGCAUCAUCUUCCUGCUCGGGGAGACCGUGGGCGGGGACGAGGAGGAGGCGCGGAUGAUCAACCGCUUCUGCUUCCGAGUGGCGCAGCUGCUGCUGGAGCACGGGGCCGACCCCAGCGAGUGCCCGGCCCACGAGUCCCUCAUGCACAUCUGCCUCAAGAGCUUCAAGCUGCACUUCCGGCUCCUGCGCUUCCUGCUGGAGUCGGGCGCUGCCUACAACUGCUCCCUGCACGGCGCGUCCUGCUGGUCCGGCUUCCACAUCAUCUUCGAGCGGCUCUGCUCGCACCCGGGCUGCGCCGAGGAUGAGAGCCACGCGGACCUCCUGCGCAAGGCCGAGACCGUGCUGGACCUCAUGGUGACCAACUCCCGGCGGCUCCAGCUGCCCGCCAACUUCGACGUCCACCCGGUGGGCAGCCUGGCGGACAAGAUCCAGGCCCUGCACCAGUCCCUGCGGCAGCUGGAGCUCCGGCCCCCGGCCCUCAAGCACCUGUGCCGCGUGUCCAUCCGGCUCCACCUGCAGCCGUGGCCCGUGGACACCAAGGUCAAGGCCCUGCCCCUGCCCGACAGGCUCAAGUGGUACCUCCUCAGCGAGCACAGCGGCGUGGGUGAGGAUGAUGGCUGACGCCGAGGGCCCUGUGUCCCAGCCCGCCCGCCCCGGCUGUGGAAGCGGGCAGCGUGGAGAGUCAGGGUGCCCCCUCCCCCGGACUGUCACGGAACGCUUUCGGUGAGUGGGGCUCCUGGAGCUGGGGACCAGGCCUCUUAGCUGUCGCACGGCCCUGUGGGAGCCCUCAAGCCACUCCCAGGCCCCCAAGUCAUGGAGCACUGUGUAAAAGUGGGAAGGAGCUGAGGCUGCUAGGCGAUGUAUUUAUAUCACAGAUUAAACUGAUUCCCUCAGAGGCUUUGGGGUCUGUGUGUGACAUUCCAGCCCGUCCCUGCCUGUGCAGAAGGGAACCAGCACGGCCCUGAGCAGGGUCACGGGUGCGGUGAGGUGGGGCUCAGGAGGCAUGAAGUUCAGGGCGCAGCUUCCUGGGACCCUGGCAUUUGUCCCCACAGAGCACUGCCCAAUGGCUCAGGCCAUCAGGGUACAGGGCUGCACCCCUUUAUUUCUGACUUAAAGUGCCUGCAAAAGGAGAACCCCGAGUACAGUGAAGAGGAGGCCACACGUCUGCCCUGGCCGCAGGCUGCUGUAACCACACUUUAGGGACACCAGGCUCCCAUCACCAAAAGGACGUGGA